GCCAUACUGACUAUUUGGAACUCCACGUCGUCGGCGCCGAAGCCGCAAAAAGAAAGAAAGAGGCCCUUUCCAAGUUCCCUUUCCUUCUCUCUUUUAUUUUUCAUCUUAGCAUCUUUCCUAUACUUUAUCCUCCUUCCAUCUUAAACAUCAUGCUCAUCAAGGAAUAUAGAGUCAUCAACAACUGCACAGAAUCCGAGUACCAAGUUGGUCAAUUGUAUGCCACUGCCAUGGCAUCCAAGGAGCAGACUGGCGGUGGUGAGGGUGUAGAGGUAUUGAAGAACGAGCCAUAUGAAAAGGAGAAUGGCGAAAAGGGGCAGUAUACAUACAAGAUUUUCCGUUUGGCUUCGCGCGUACCUGCUUUUGUACGCGCCCUCGCACCCGCAGGCGCUCUCGACCUUUACGAAGAGGCGUGGAACGCUUACCCAUACUGCAAGACAGUCUUGAAGAACGGUUACAUGAAGGACAACUUCUCCAUCGUCUAUGAAACGCUUCACGUCAACAACUCUCGCGGUGAGCUUGAAAACGCACUUAAAAUCUCGGAUGCUGACCUCAAGAAGCGUGAUGUCGUCAUGAUUGACGUUGCUAACGACAAGAUCGACCCCAAGGAGUAUAAGCCCCACGAAGAUCCCAAGCUUGUGCAUUCGAUGAAGGCGAAUCGCGGUCCGCUGACCGAGAAGAACUGGACCCAGACCUGCGAGCCUGUGAUGACUUGCUACAAGCUUGUAUAUAUCGAAUUCAAGUGGUUCGGUCUCCAAGGCAAGGUUGAGUCCUUCCUUGCCAAGACGAUUCAUAACCUUUUUAUCAAGUUCCAUAGACAACUAUUCUGCUGGAUGGAUCAAUGGUACGGCAUGUCAAUUGAAGACAUCCGACAGCUGGAAGAGCAAAUCAAGAAGGAUCUGGACGUGAAGAGAAACGAGGGCCCAGCCGUCGCUGUUCCAUCACCAUCGGAUUCGGCCAGCAUUGCCGCUAGCAGUGUCAAGACGAACGAAGGAAAAUAAACCGACCGUCUGACCCAACAAAAAAAAAGCGACAACAAUGCCCAGAUCUAGUCAUACGUCAGAUCCUCUUACCUCACCCUUCCAUUCCUCCUCGAUUCUCCUCGAUAUAACCUUCAUUACUUCUUUUUCUCGAUCAUCUCUCGUUCCCGCCUUUUCUCUUUUCCUUUUGCAUUCAUACACACAACCAUUUUUUCUUCUCUCUUGUCUUUCAUUGUUGGAGAAGGGGGUGAGGUUUCUUUCCCCCUUUUUUUUUUUACUCGCAAACACACUUAGAUAGGUCAUACUAUAGGGCACACAUGAUAAACUUUCAAUGGAAGCAAAAACACAUCCACACUUUCAUCCAUCGA